AUGCAUGUGAACGACCCAUUUUAUAAUUGUUGAUAAAUUUUCCUGAGAGUAGAUAGGAAUGACCCAAUUAAAUACUUUCCCUGCACACAGACACUUGCAAUGCAGCCAGCAAAGAGCUGUUUGUCCAUCGAUCCACAUCAAUGGCUCUUGUGAGAACAUCUCCAGGAACCUCCUCUGAUUCCAACUCUUUUCGGGGUUACCGGUACGACGUGUUCUUGAGCUUCAGAGGUGAAGACACUCGCAAGACUUUUACCGAUCAUCUCUACACAGCUUUGAACAACGCAGGAUUUCUCACGUUCCGAGACGACGAUGAACUUGAGAGAGGAGAAGAUAUAAGGCCAGGACUGCAGAAAGCGAUCCAGCUGUCACGAGCUUCUGUUGUCGUGUUUUCGAAAGAUUACGCGUCAUCCAAAUGGUGCCUUGAUGAGCUUGUGCUGAUCCUUGAACGCAAGAGGACCACCUCGGACCAUGUAGUUUUACCAGUCUUCUACGAUGUCGAUCCGUCCCACUUGAGGAAGCAGACGGGAAGUGUUGGAAAAGCAUUUGCUAGACACGAGAAAACACAGUCGCCGAAAAAGGUGAAGGGAUGGAGGGAGGCAGUUGCAGAGGCUGCAGAUCUAGCAGGCAUGGUCUUACAAAAUCAAGCUGAUGGGUACGAAUCAAAGUUUAUCAAAAAAAUUGUUAAAAUGAUUGGAGGCAAGUUAAGUCGCACACCAUUGAGUCUUGAACCAAAAUUGAUUGGAAUCAAAUCUCAAGUCAAACACAUCAAUUUGUGGUUACAAGAUGGAUCAAGUGAUGUUGGUAUACUUGUUUUGUAUGGCAUGUCAGGCAUAGGGAAGACAACCAUUGCAAAACAUGUUUACAAUUCAAAUUUUAGAAGCUUUGAAGGAAGUAGUUUCAUUGAAAAUAUCAAAGCAAGAGCAGAUCAACCAAAUGGCUUAGUUCAAAUACAAAUGCAACUUCUUUAUGAUAUUUUGAUCGGUAGAAAAGUGAAAAUACAGACUGUUAGUGAGGGAAUAAUUAAGAUUGAAAGCGCCAUAAGCUCUAAAAAAGUUCUACUUGUUCUUGAUGAUGUGGACCAUGUGGACCAAUUAGAUGCAGUACUAAAAAUGAAAGAUCGGUUUUAUCCCGGAAGUAAGAUACUUAUAACAACUAGGCGUGAAAGAUUGCUAAGAGUGCAUCAAGUUACAAAGGUGUACAAAGUUGAAACUUUGAAUUACAAUGAAUCACUAGAGCUUUUUAGUUGGCAUGCAUUUGGCCAGGACCGUCCCAUAGAAGAGUACAUGGAGCAUUCAAAAAUGGUAGUGCGACAUAGCGGCGGACUUCCAUUAGCUCUUCAAGUUUUGGGUUCUUCUUUAUCAGGGGAAAGCAUAGGUGUAUGGGAAAGUGCCUUGGAGAAGCUAAAGGUUAUUCCUAAUGGUGAAAUCAUGAAUAAACUAAGAAUAAGCUAUGACAAUUUACAAGAUGACCAUGACCGGAAAUUAUUCCUCCACAUUGCUUGUUUCCUAAUAAAAAGGAACAAAAACUACAUUGUUAAGAUACUCGAUGGAUGUGAUUUCUAUACAAUUGUUGGCAUUCAAAAUCUCAUUGAUAGAUGCUUGGUGACAAUUGAUAAAUACGGCAAGGUGAAUAUGCAUGACAUGAUUCGUGACAUGGGGAGAGAAAUUGUUCGCCGUGAAUCAGAAGAGCCUGAGAAACGUAGUAGAUUAUGGCGCCAUAAGGAUUCUUUCCAAGUAUUGAGGGACAAGAAUGGUACAAAAAAAAUCCAAGGUAUUUUCCUGAAUAUGUAUAUGCAUCCUGCACACAGUCCAAUAAACACAAAUGAGACAGUCUUGGAAACCAAUGCAUUUGAAAAGAUGCGCAAAUUACAGCUACUACAUCUUAGUCAUGUACGACUGGAUGGAUGUUAUGCAGAUUUCCCUACAGGAUUAAGAUGGUUAUGUUGGCUUCAUUUUCCAUUGGAUUCUAUACCUAUUGAUUUUCCUUUGGGGUGUCUAAUUGUUCUUGACAUGCAAUAUAGUAGCUUGAGACAAGUCUGGAAAGGAACAAAAUUUCUUCCAAUGUUGAAGAUCCUUGACGUCAGCCAUUCCCAUGCCCUCACUGAAAUCAUGGACUUCUCACUUUGCCCUAGUCUAGAAGAACUGAUUCUUGUAGAUUGCACAAGCCUGAUUGAUGUUCAUGAAUCCAUUGGAAAACUGGAGAGACUUGUGUACUUAAACGUGAAGGAUUGCAAGAAGCUUAGGAUGCUUCCGAAAAACAUGUGCAUGCUUAAAUCACUUGAAACACUCAUUUUAUCUGGUUGCUCAAAUCUUGAUGAGUUUCCAGUGGAGAUGAUGAAGAAAAUGAAGUCUCUGAAGGUUCUUGAAAUAGAUGAAAUUCCAUUAAGUGAAUUAUGGCCAGAAAGAAGUUCAAGUAUCUUGAGUUCUUUUCCAUGCUCUUUAGUAGAGUUGAAUCUCAGUAGGUGCAAUCUUUCUGAAGAUGUCUUUCCUACGGAUUUAAGUAAUCUAUCCUCAAUACAAAGACUAUAUCUAGAUGAGAAUCCAAUUUGUAGCCUACCAGUUUUCAUCAAAGGUUUGAGGAGGAUCGAUGAACUCUCUUUUAUAAAUUGUAAGAAGCUCGAAUCACUUGUGGGGUUGCCUAGAGUACACAAAGAGAUGGUUGUAGCCAAUUGCAUAUCAUUGAAAAAAGUAACAUAUCAAUCGUUUGGGGGGCUCCAACUACGGGCCCUUGGGAAUGACAACAACAACAUAGUUGAGUGGGAGUACCUUUUCAAGUUAGAGUCUAUUGAUAGAGUUGAUGUGGAAAUGAUCAAACUUUUGGGCUUGUUCAACUUGGAAUCCAUGCCUGCAAUUCGAAUGAAAAGCACACUACGAGGCUUGAAUUCAGAACAGGAUAGAUGGAGUCCCGUCCAGGGACUGUAUCAAUAUGGUAUAUUCAGCACAUUUUUUAUUGGGAAUGAGGUUCCAGGCCGGUUCAGCUAUAAAAGUACCAAGUCCUCCAUAUCUUUUAGUGUCCCUUUACUCCCUUCUAGUCACAGAAUCCGAGGCUUGAACAUCUUUGCUACCUAUGCAAACGAGGAGAAUUCUAAUUAUAAUUAUGAGAAUUCUGAUAAACCUCCAAUGAUAAUCAAAGUGAGUAACCAGAGCAAGGGUUUGACGUGGAUCUAUUGCCCACACUUCCACGGUAUUCUAGAAGAGGGAGAAGAUAUGAUAUGGUUGAGUCAUUGGAAGAUGGAAAACGAAACAAUAUUACAAUGUGGAGAUCAAGUGGUGGUUUCAGUAAUCGCCGGACCUGCUAAGUUGUUUCGGAUAAAGGAGUUUGGUGUCGAGCUUAUGCAAGAGCACCAGAAUAAUAUGAUGAUAAGUACCCAACACAACACCAAAUUAGAUCCUAAUUAUCCAUGUGUCAUCGGUGGAGAUUUGUCCAUGUGGGAGCAUAUACCAGGAAUAUACUUCCUCGGUUUCAGUAAAAACUAUGUUGAAGACACUGAUAUCUUUCCGCGGAGAUUUUUAAAUCCCCUCAUCAUGGACACCGAUGAAGAAGACACAGACAAAGAAGGGCAAGAGGAUGAACGUAAUUACAAUAUUGCAAGGACGAGGGCUGCCAGUAACAAUUACGGCCUCAGAAGCUGGAAGGUGCUCCUCACAGCUGCCGGCUUAUUUUUCAUGCUGGCUCUAGUAGUUCUGUCCUCCAUCUCCCAGAAAAAGAAGCGACAGUAGUCCACAAGCCAUCCAUGAGUUUGUAAUUUUACUUGAUACAGACAUAUCUUUGGAUUCCCUCCUUGUUUUUAAGAUGUUUUCUGCCUUCAAAAUAUCGAAGUUCAAAUGUGUUCA